AUGCUCCAGGAUAUUCAAAUCGAGAGGUUUCGAAUCUUACAACGUCUUAAUGAUGUCAAAAAUGAACUAAGUUUAAUGGAGCGCGAGAUCAAUGAUAUCUCGUUGGUUGAAAAGAAAACUACUGGAGAUUUAGUCGACUUACGCGAAAGAUUCUACGACAAAUUGAAACAACAGCAACAUGUUUCUCGGCUGACAAAAGGACAGUUCAAUGGUGUCGGUGGCGUUGGCGGUGUGGCUGAAGAAGUUCCGAUUAUCAGACAUUCUUACUUCGAUCCUUCCAUUGCACAUUUCUUUAACCCUACGUAA